GAUACCUUUCGAGAAGACACUAGAUCGGGAGAAAGUUGUGCGUACCGUUGACAAUCUAUAUGACCCUGUACCAUCGCCGCCAUCUGACUAUGCGCGUUCUAUUGAAAGGUCGUAUGACAAGAUGAUCGAGGCGACAAAACCCGUUAAAUCGGGUAUCAGGGAGAUAAAAGGGAUACACAGUGUCUACCAGCUCGGACAACAACCCGUUCAAUCGGUCGCCCCUCUCAAGGUGUUUGACGGGAAGACCGUUCAAAGUUCUCGACAAGACGCAACUGAUUACGCCUUAGCUGAACGAGCAUAUCAGUUUGUUCAAGGGAAAGAUUUGGUCGAGAAUCUCAGGAAGGUACCAACAUGUAUGCGUAACUUGCAUUCGUGGUACCUUAAGGCCUCAAAGGAAGGGAUCGAGACUAUCAUGGUGCGAGUUAGGGAAGAGCACUACUUCCAGGAGUACUGUGUGAACGUUGACUUCGCCGAACUCUUUCAGUUAUACAAUCUCCGGGCCCUCGACAAAUCAAUCAUCAGUUGCUAUUGUCUAUCGAAGAUGCUCGAAUGCAAAAGGGACGAUAUCACAGACAUUGGGUUCAUUGACCCGAACACAAUGCAUGUCAAAACCAUAGAUGAUCCCCUCUAUAACAAGGAUACACCGCAGACUUUGCUAAGGUUUUUGAAGCGACAACGUGACAAAAAGCUAAUACUUUGGCCUUACAACUUCGAGUUUCACUUUAUUCUUCUCGUCAUCAAUUUGGAAAUUGGAGAAGUUGAAGUCUUGGACUCACUAACCAAAGAAAAGGAUCUAUACGUGUCUUGUUUUUUAAUGCUCAGAAGCGUAUGGCAAACUUUCAUCAAGGAAGAUACGUCCCGUGAAUGGCCACCGAAGCUGCGAUGGCGUGCGAAAAAAUGCCCGCAACAACCUCCGGGGACCGAUCUCUGUGGAUUCUUCGUUUGCGAGUUCAUCCGCAGAAUUGUCAACGAGAGAACGAAUAAUGAGAGAAAUAAAGAGGUACAAAAACAAUCUUCACAAAUUUGUUUUGUUAUCAUAAGUUGUGCCGAGUUUCAGUAAUAGUUGUUUCAUGUAUUCAUUUGUAUCUUAUUCUUUUAUAGUUGGCAAGAAAGCGGAACAAGCUCUCAAUCGAUGACCG